CUGUUUUUCUGAUGGUUGCUGCUUUGGUUUUUCAAGGCUUAUGCUCUGUUAUGCAUUAUCGCUAAAAUGGUUUAUUUGGAGAUCGUAGCAAAUGCCCUACUGUUACUUACAUAUUCAGUAGCUUGUUUCACAAGUCCAUAUACUAAAGGUGAUAUCAUACACCAUGAACUGACACCAGAUUAUAUGCUUACAAGACUUAGGAAUCGUUCGGUAAAAAAUAGUUUGGAACGAAUUUUUAACAAAAUCAAUAUCAUUCGUAAUGUUGGCAGCCCUGGUCACCAUCAAGUUAGAGAAUUUAUUAGAAAUUAUCUAAGCAAGUGCGGUUGGGAAACUGAUUUGGAUACUUUUGAAGAAAAUACAGUGGAUGGUGUUAAAACAUUUCACAACAUUAUUGGUUACAGAAACGACACAAACUAUAAGAAAUAUUUGAUUUUGGCUUGUCAUUAUGAAUCAAAACUUCUUCCUAAUUUUGUUGGAUCAACAGAUUCAGCAAUGCCUUGUUCAAUGAUUUUGAAAAUUGUCGAUCUACUAAAUUAUGGGAUUAAAGCAUUGAAGAAAUCUGAUAUUGGUUUGAAGCUGAUAUUUUUUGAUGGAGAAGAAGCAUUCAAGAUAUGGACACAUAGUGAUAGCUUGUAUGGAUCUCGACAUUUAGCUGAAAAAUGGAGUAGUACAACAUCCAAAUCAUCUAACGAAACAGAAUUGAGUAAAAUUGAUCUUUUUGUCUUAUUGGAUUUACUUGGUGCAAAACAACCUCACAUACCAAAGUAUCCAUAUGAAGAUAAAGGAAGUUUUAUUAUGCUCAUUGAAUUGGAAAAGAGAAUGAGAUCGUUUAAUCUGUUGAAAUCAUCAGGUGAAAAUAAUCAACCUUAUUUUGGCCAUGGUGUUCGAUACCAGAUUGAAGAUGAUCAUAUACCAUUUGUAGAAAAAGGUGUCCCUGUACUACAUUUAAUUCCAUCACCAUUUCCAAAAGUAUGGCAUACAAUAGCUGACAAUGCUACAAUUAUAGAUUGGGAUACAUCGAUCGAUUUAUUGUUUCUUAUAAAAUUAUUUGUCAGAAAUUAUCUACACAUUCUAUUAUGAUAUAUAUAUGUAAGGUGUGGAUUCUAUGUAUUUCAUUCAUAACUGUACCUAAGUCGGUGUAUAAUAGACUGAAUGAGUUUUUUUCAAUAGCUUGUAUAGUCAAAGAUGAUUGUCCAGUUGAUUUCGUCCCUCGGUGAAAAUAAUCUCUUUAAUAAAGUCUAUCAUAUUUUUAUGAUUGUACAGCUAUGGAGAUGCAAUCAUUGAAAAAAUGUAUUUGCCUAUUAUUCUGAACUCUACAAUCUAGAAAGUCUUUGUAUUUAAGGUAACUACUAGCAAUAGAACCAAGGGAAUGUGUUUCGUCUGAUUUGUAACUAGGGAGUUGGAUCUAAGUUCAUCCAAUUGUUUAUGUUCACUUCGAGAUUCGAACCCAGUGCAUGCUAUGUCAAAUGCCAAUUCGUUAUCCACGAAAUAACUGAGUCCAGAUAGCUCGUUCUUUGUAUUUAGUAAUAACAGUGUUUAUUGGGCAAACGUCAAAAUAAUAUAAGGUUAUAAAACAAAGUAAACCAUUAAUCAGUUGAUUGUUGUGUACUUUACUCACAUUUCACAGGUUCGC